AUGAACAAAAGGGGCGUCGAAUCACCUGGUGUGGAUAGACUUCCCUCACCGAGUGUAUUCGGCGAUAAGGAAUACAAGAUAAUAAGGGAGAUUGGGAGUGGAUCCUUCGGAAAGGCUUAUCUUUGCGAGAAAAAGGGAAGAAAGUAUGUCAUGAAGAGAAUAAAUAUGAAGGAAUUAAGCGAUGAGGAAAAACAAGGAGCUUUGAAUGAAGCACAAGUACUACAAAAAUUAAAACACGACAAUAUUAUUGCCUAUCAUGAAUACUUUAUCAGUUCGGAUAAGUUUCUGAAUAUUGUGAUGGACUAUGCUGAUGGAGGAGAUCUCUUUACGAAAAUCAAAACUGCUCCAACUUUUUUACCUGAAGAGAUUAUCAUUGAUUGGUUUUGUCAAAUUGCAUUAGGUUUGAAACAUGUUCAUGAUUGCAAUAUUCUUCAUAGAGAUUUAAAAACACAAAACAUUUUCCUGACAAAAACUGGAAGGGUAACAAUUGGAGAUUUCGGAAUUGCUAAAAUUUUAAAUUCUCAAACAGAGUUUGCUAGUACUGUUAUUGGAACACCUUAUUAUUUGAGCCCUGAACUUUGUGAGGAUAAACCAUAUAAUCAAAAAAGUGAUGUUUGGGCUUUAGGAUGUGUAUUAUAUGAAAUAACCACGAGAAAACAUGCUUUUAAUGGACAAAAUUUGCCAGCUUUAGUUUUGAAGAUUUUGAAAGGAAACUACCCUCCAAUACCUUCGUUUUAUAGCAUUAAUUUAUCAUCAUUAAUUUCCAGUAUGCUCCAAAAGGAUCCAGAGCUAAGACCAAGUAUUGGCGAAAUUCUUUCUCUUCCAUUUAUUCAAGAGAAGGUGUUACAAAUUAUAAGAAAGAAAGAUUCACUGAAAGUUCUGCAGCAACCAGAGCCAGUGAAACCAAAACCAAUAUCUCCAAAGCAACAACAACCUUCCCAACAACCACAGGUUCAGCCACAACAACAAGCUCAGCAACAAAUCCAAUCCCAACAAAAUCCUCAAGGCCAAUCAGAAGAAAAAUCAAAAUGGCUAGAGGAUAAACAGAGUGAGUUGAAUGCUAUGUUCAAACAACUCCAUCCUUCCAAACAAAAUCCAAUCAAUACAAUCAACAGGCUUCAAAUACGAAAACAAUUAGAGGAAAAGGAUGAAAAAAAGAAGGAGAAAAUGAAAGGAAGAAAGGAAUAUUAUGAGCAAAUUUUAGAAAAGAGAAAGGGAGGAAUUUCAGUUUCUGCCAGUGUCCAAAAUCAACCAAUGCAACAACCUCAACCAGUUAUUCCACCAAGAGUUUCAAUGCCUUCUAAUCCUCAGAGAAACCUCCCUCAACAACCAUCGAGGUCUGUGGACGAGAGAAUUCCAAGAGCAGAGGAACGAUCUAAAUCAGUUUCAAAGAAUGUGGAAGAAUCUCCAAGAGUUGUCAAUAUUGCAGGUGAAGAUAAGAUGGUUUUCAGAUUGGAUGAAAUUAAGAAUCAAGCCCAUAAGAGACCAUCUAAACCUCCACCAAAACCUCAACCUGUUGUUAUUUCUCAAAAUCAACCUGUCUAUCAACAACCUCAACAACCAGUCCUCUCUAAGGAAGAUGAAAGAAAGGAAAUUAAAAAGAAGCAAGAAAAGGAAAGACAAGAAUGGCUUGUUAAAAAUGGAGUUCAACCAGAUGAUAAGAAGAAAAAGUUCUUGGCUGAGAAACAAGAUGAAAAGAAGAAGAAAAAGGAAGAAGAACGAAAGAAAAUGUUGGAUCACAAGAAGAAAAUGGAUGCAAUCAAGGGAAGAAAAAAUCAAAUCAGAGUCAUGUUUGGUUUGGAUGAAUCAGAAAAGACUCCUGAACCUGUCUCUCCAGUUAAAGAAGAAUUUGAACCAACACCAGAAGACAUUCAAAAGAAGAGGGAAGAAGAAGAAAAGGAACGGGUGAGAAAAGAAAAAGCUGACAUGGAAAGAAAAAACUUUAGAGACUUUAUUAAGAAUCAAAAAAAGAAAAAGAAGGAAGAACCUUCACCAUUUGAUGCUGUAAUCCCAUCAAACGACCAAGACGAUGACGAAGGAAGUCUGAAUAAUAGUGUUAAGCAAGAAACUGUUGUAAUUGUUCCAAAGAAACAAGUAACUCCAACUAAAGUAUUCUCUCCAUUAAAUAAGACAGCCAGUAAGGAAGUUAUCAUUCUGGAACCAAAAUCAAAACCUGAAACACCACAAAAAGAAAAACCAUCUCCAAAAUCCAGUCCUGUUAAGAAAGUUAUUGAUGAUGAUUUGGAUCUUUUACCAACCAGAGAAGAAAAGGUUGUUGAACAAAUUCCUGAACUCUGUCUUACUCCUUCCACUCUUGAUCGUGAAGCAGGUUUAACACCAGAACUCAAAUUCCAUACACCAGUUAAGAAAUCAGAGGAUACUUCGCAAAUGUCUCCAAGUGAUUUGGAAAUGUUAAGGAAAAAGCAACAUGAAUUGAGUGUUAGAAUUGAGGCUUUAAGAAAUUAUUGCGAGCAAAAAUUUGGAGAAAAAUCAUUCAUACAAAUUUAUAAUUUGUUGAGAGAUUUUGAAUUCAAAGAGAAUGAAGAUGAAGACAGCCAAAUUCAAGAGGGAAUUUUACAAAUUUUAGGAAACAACACAAAAUUGCUUCCAUACGUUCAAAAGAUUCACCAAUUGAUUUUCUGUGAGGACUUGUUCUACGGAUAA